AUGUCGUUCAUGUUGCUCAAGAAGUUCUUUCCGUUCACCUCCUCGUCGGCCAAGAACCAAGAGCUCGAAGCUCAAAUCAAGGCGCUUGAGGAGAAAUUGAAGGAAUCUGAAGAGGAACGUCAAAAAGAGACGGAAGAGCACAAGGAGAAGCUGGCCAAGCUAACCGACCAGCACGAAGAGCAGGACUUUUUGCUCCAAAUGAAGGCAGAGCACCUUUCCGCGGAGAAUGAGCGCCUCAAGGAGUUCAAAAAUGCGGCUCAAGACGUCCAGAUGCUCCUGGAUGCCAAUGAGAAGCUCGAGGAGGAGAACGAUGCGUUGAAGGAGAGCCUCGAGACCUCCACUCGGCUCGCCGACUACUAUUUCAUCAAUUUGAAAAAGUCGCAAAAAGAGCAUGCGGUGGCCGAGCAGAAGUAUCGAGAGCUUCUGCUCAGACUUCAAGAGGGCGGAGCGGCACCGCCUACUUGCGAAAUUUGCGAGCAAGAGUUGACCGAGGACGCUCCGAGGGCGCCGAGGACUCUGGGUUAGUUUUUGAGAAUUUCUCCGACUUUUUUCUAACUUUUUCUCAUUUCAGAAUGCGGACACACCACUUGCGAGGAGUGUUUGAAGAAAUUGUGCAACGACCAGGGACUUUCGUGCCCGUUCUGCCGCCAAAAAACCGAUGUGCAAGGACCGGUCGAUGUGGGGAAGCUCAAGAAGAACUAUGCUGUUGUGACCAUCAUCAGAAACCAGAGGAAGUGAUUCAAUGUCUUUUCUCGGAAAAUAAAUCAAUUAUUUCAUAAUCACACUGUUUUCCUUCGAGAACAUUUCCAAAGGGGCGGAGCUUCCCAAGAACACAACCACAACAAAUGAUUCAUUCGUCGUUUCACAAGUUUCCGUUUUUCGAUUCCUCUCCUAUUCCGACAAAUUCACCCAUUUUUCAGCAUGGGCCUCUUCAAAAAGUUCUCUUUCUUUCGUUCGCAGCCCAAGUCGGCUAGAAAAGAUGAGCUGAAGGCUAUGGUCGAAAUGCUCGAGUUCCAACUGAAGCAGGAGGAAGAAAAGCUCAUCAGCGACGCGCAAAUGUUCGAGAAGAAGCUGUCGGUGGCCACGGAGAAGAAUCAGAAGACGAUCGCCUGGCUCGAGGUGGCUGACGACCAGGAGAUCAAGGAGCUGACCGAGAAGAACGAUGGUCUGCGUGAAAAGAUCAAAGACCUGAAGAAGCGGAUGAGUAACUCCGAACAAGAGGUGGAGGAGUUCGGGGUUCUGCGCGAAAACUUCGAGAAGAUGUCUACGAGGCUCGAGGAACGACUCGACUGUCUGAAGUGCCCGAUUUGCAUCGACGAUUUCAAACGGAACGGACCGAAACGUCCGAUGGUCAUGUGUGAGCCAUUUUUAGCUUUUUCAAAAAAACGAGUUGCGGACUUUCGAUAUUUCAGCCGAAUUGUUCAAUUUCCGAAUCAAAACAUGAUCUCGGCUAAAUUUCGCUGUAGCGUUAAAGUUAUUUCGUUGAAGAUCUCAGUUUACUUGAAAAUUCACUCGUCGCGUCGCGAUUUUUUUCUUCAAAAAACCGUCAUUCUCAAUCGCUACGAAACCUUUAAAAAGUGAAAAAGCAGGCAAACUAUUGAAAAUUGAGUUUCUUUUUUUUUCAUAACCUCUAUGUUCAGGCUGCGGACACACCGCUUGCCAAGCAUGCCUCUGGAUGUGCUGGGAGGCGAUUCCUGAGGAUGUGGACACUUCCUGCCCGAUCUGCAGAGAUCCAGCGAAUCUCGAUGAACUCAGAGUCAACCGGGGUCUGGUGGCGCUCCUCCCGGCUAGCCGCUUAUAAAUUCACUAUUUUGCCGCGUUUUUAAUUAUUUAAUUGAAUAAAGUUACGAAAUGUAUUCAAGGCCAAGAGACGACCUUCCAACAGAGCGCACUUGCAUCAAAAGCCUCCCCCUCCCCCCUUACUGUGAAAUAUAUGCAAUCGCUCACGGGACAGUGUAGUCUAACAAAAAGUGAGGAGACGACAUCGCUAGAAAGUGGGCGGACGGUCAAAAGUGAGUCAACCAGCAUCAUUUGCGUUCUCUUCCGUCGCAGACAAUGGUCGUCCGUUUUCUGCUUACUUUAUUCAUGCAACUCAUUCGAUGGAUCGGCUCGUUCUUCCGCCCUCGCACAGAUCUCGAGGAUCGGUUCGCGGUGGAAAGAGCUCAAGGCGAACGGCUUCGCAGACACCUCCACGACACCAGAAAGGAAGCGGACGACCUGGAGACUGAGAACAGGAGACUCAAAAAAUUAGUGUUGGCUCGGGACCAAGCCGCAAGAAUAAUCUGGGACCGACUUAACAAAUCGGACCAUCUUCUCCAGCAGAAUCUGGAGAUUUCGCGCCGCCGAAACGACCGCAUCAAGAAUCUGGAGCAGAAGCUCGCCGAGUUGCAGCAAAAGUACCAGGAGCUCCACAAGAGAAAAGGAUGA